GUUGCUUGGCGAGAUGCCGCUGUGCCUGACUUUCCCCCCCGCUCGCCCCCGUGUACAUGGUAGGUGCCGGCUUGCUGCCUGCCUGUCUGCAUCGGACUGGAAACACCGCGGGCUCCACUGCGGCGCAGCAUCACUGGAAAUUAACCUGCGUGUUGUUGCUGCUGCAGUUUCACCUGCAACCCUCGCCUCAACAUGACCCAGGGAAAGCUCUUUGCCAUGGGCAAGACGGCGAACACAGAUGGCGAACAGGGGGUGGACCCCGAGAAACAGGAGCCUGUGGACCCCGUGACUGCGCCACCCACCUACGAGGAGGCCACGUCAAGCUGCAAGGUUAACAGCCCCUCUACCUCGGUGCCCAUGCACCCCAGCUGGGCCUACGUGGAUCCCAGCCGAAGCCCCAGUUAUGGAAGCGGGGGCUACUCCGGAGAGAGCGAGAUAUUUUCCUCGUUCAGCUGGGACGACAAGAACGUUCGACGGAUCUUCAUCAGAAAGGUCUACAUUAUCCUGAUGGUUCAGCUCUCCUUCACAGCCGCCAUCAUCGCCCUCUUCACCUUCUGCAACCCUGUCAAGGUUUACAUUCAGGCGAAUCCUGGCUGGUAUUGGGCUUCAUAUGUCAUCUUCUUUGUUACAUACCUGACCCUGGCGUGCUGUAGUGGACCAAGGAGAUAUUUCCCAUGGAACUUGAUUCUGUUGACCAUUUUUACCCUGGCUAUGUCCUGCAUGACAGGACUGAUGUCAAGCUACUACAACACAAAGUCAGUCCUGCUAUGCUUUGCCAUCACAGCACUGGUGUGUUUUGCCGUGACAAUAUUCAGCUUCCAGACAAAGUUUGACUUCACCUCCUGCCAAGGUGUGCUGUUCGUCCUGUUGCUGGUCCUCUUCAUCAGCGGACUUGUCCUGGCCAUUGUGUUGCCGUUUCACUAUAUUCCCUGGCUUCACGCUGUUUAUGCCGUGCUGGGCGCGAUCAUCUUUACAAUGUUCCUGGCCUUUGACACGCAGCUUCUGAUCGGAAAUCGCCGCUAUGCUAUCAGCCCUGAGGAGUACAUCUUCGGGGCGCUGAACCUCUACUUGGACAUCGUUUACAUCUUCACCUUCAUGCUGCAGAUCUUUGGUUCCAGCAGAGAAUGAGCAGGGCCGCAACCGAUCACCUCGACUUCACAUAGACCAUCGGGUGGCUUCUAGUCCCAUAAAAAUCCACCAGCCACAGCAGCAUCUAGAGCUAAAGCAAGGGACCUCGCUGAAACCCAGUCAUUCCAGUGUAAUUCCUGUAAUUUCCUAAUGGUUCGACCCAUUUUGUGUGUGACUGUAACUGUGAAUCUAGUCUACGGUCGAUCUACACAAGCUUCUAGCUAGACGCAUGGCUGCAGUACAUAGGCUUGUGUAUUUUGGGCUUCCAGCGCUAAUUCUUUACGGUUAGGCCUGCUUCCUUGUAGUUCCCAAAGGCUUUAACUCCUCCUCCCAUUCCCACACCGACCUUUCUGUCCCGGGCCUCCUCCACUGUCAGAGUGAGGCCCAGUGCAAAUUGGAGGGACAGCUUCUUAUAUUUCGCUUGGGUAGCUUGCACCCCAGCGGUAUGAACAUUGACUUCUCUAACUUCUAGUAACCCUUGCUUUCCCCCUCUCUCCAUCCCUCCCCCACCCUAAUCGUACCAGCUUCAAAGUCAUCGUGUUGAGUCUCGUUGUCUGUAACUCAUUUUCACCUAGCACACAGCUAACAAUGGCCUGUUUCCUUCAUCAUCGUUACUUUUUUGCAUCUUUCAUUUAUUUGUUCUAUAUCUCUCUACAUCACUGUCUAUAUCUCCCGUUUCCCUCUCCCCCGACUCUCAGUCUGAAGAAGGGUCUCGACCCGAAACGUCACCCAUUCCUUCUCUCCAGAGAUGCUGCCGGUCCCGCUGAGUUACUCCAGCUUUUUGUGUCUAUCCUUGUGGCACAGCACAGCUUGAGUCAACUGCCAGUUCGACUUCCUUGCUCCAGUAUUAUUAAUGAGUGCAUGGCGAUUACCGACAGGAAUUUUAGUCGCCUUCCAGCUGCCUGAGGGGAGCGAUUCUCAAACCGAUUUCUUUGCCCUGGGAGGAGUUGAAUACUUUGAUUUCUUCUCUUCACCCAGAGAGACGGAGAGAGAGAGAUGGAGAGACAGAGAGGGAGAGAGAAAGAGACAGUCAGAGAGAGACGGAGUGAGUGAUUGAGGGAGAGAGAGAAAGACGGACUGGGAGAGAGAGAGACGGAGAGGGAGAGAGACAGAGAGAGAGAGAGGUACGGAGAAAGUGAGGGAGGGGGAGAGAGAGAGAGACGGGGAGAGAGAGAGAGACGGGGAGAGAGAGAGAGAUGGAGAGAGGCACACAGAGUACAUCACCCUCGAUGGCCAUUGUGUGAUCUCUCUCUCUGAAGCAGUGACCACAGCACCAUGUGGCCACUCUGUGGACUGCACUGCCUGUGAAGGGCCAGGUUUUGGGAAGCGUGAGGAAUGGCGAGGUUGUUAUUUGAAGGGAGGUUAGGGCGCGUUCUCCCGUGCAGUUACCCGCCCGCUGCGCAAAUGUCACUUUCGCAACCUGAUCGCUAGCCAGGGCGCAAAUUAAAAAAAAAAAAAAAAAAGAUUUUGCUGCAUUUGCCGACUGCAUUUGUCUCUCUCUGCCCGGCAUUCAGGGGGGAUGCCAGGGGUGCCACACUAUUGCCCGUGUGGGGGUACUUUGUAACUGUGUCGGGGCCCUUUAUGUGGUGACUCUUUGCAUACCUUGACUCAUUCAAUCAUUCAUCCACUUAUUGUUCUGUACAGGAAAUGGUGGCACAGCUGGUAGAACCACUGCCUCACAGUGCAGGAAGGAACUGCAGAUGCUGGUUUAAACCAAAGGUGGACACAGAAAGGCCGAAACAUCACCUAUUCCUUCUCUCCAGAGAUGCUGUCUGAGUCACUGCAGCAUUGAGUCUAGACUCAGUGUAGCCCAGGAAUUAUCGCUGAAGAGUUACAAAAUCGUGCUCUGGUAUAAAUCUGCUUUAUUGGAGCGUGUGUGCGUGCAUGUGUGUAACUUUGUUUAGAGAUACAGUACAGAAACAGGCCCUUCGGCACACCGAGUCCGCACCGACCAGCGAUUCCCGCACACUAACACUAUCCUACACACAACACACUAAGGACAAUUUACAAUUUUACCAAAGCCAAUUAACCUACAAACCUGCACGUCUUUGGAGUGUGGGACAAAACCCACGCGGUCACGGGGAGAACGUGCAAACUCCGUACAGACAGCACCCGUAGUCAGGAUGGAACCCGGGCCUCUGGACGCUGUGAGGCAGCAACUCUACCCGCUGCGCCACCGUGCCGCCCGACUGUGAAUGUGAGAAAAGUGGACUCAAUUCCGUAACUCCUGCUACGAUCCUGCGUUGGAUCGACGGGCUGAAGGGCCUCCAAAUGUGCUGCGUAGCUCUGCGAAUGAAUGAUUUUAUUGUGUGUCUUUACCAUUUUAUUAACGAGCGCUGAGGUCUCGUGAAAUAUAACUCCCUGUUCUGGGCACAAAGCCUUUUGGGACGACUGAUGCCGUUAAGGUUAAUCCCACACCUUGCAUCCCAGCACACACCUUGUUCCUUUCAAACUGCAGUUGGAUUUUUAAAUUCAUCUGCACCCUUUAAUCUUGCAUGCCCCCAAUGUCCCUGCAUCGUGAAAUCUGAAGACGCAAUGGCUUUUCACAAGGAACGAUGUCACCUAUUGUGUCCUGUUUGUGGAUUCUGUGGAAUUCUCUGCCCCAGAGGGCGGUGGAGGCAGGUUCUCUGGAUGCUUUCAAAAGAGAGCUAGAUAGGACUCUUAAAGAUAGCGGAGUCAGGGGAUAUGGGGAGAAGGCAGGAACGGGGAACUGAUUGGGGAUGAUCAGCCAUGAUCAAAGGCCUACUCCUGCACCUAUUGUCUAUUGUCUAUUGUCUGUCCCCAACAAGGCCGGCCUCUGUAAGGGAGAGGAAGAUGGAAUCGCUCACACAAUGGAACAGCAGAGGAAGGUUUGUGGAGCGACUUCCCGGGAGGUAUCAUUGCCUGACCUCCUGCCUUGUCCACCAUUGAAAUGGAAAGUACUGAUACCUGCGCAAGUCAAUGGCUUCAGGCUUAGCAUUGUCCUGUCUGUAAAGUCGACAUGGAACAAACGAGUGAACAUGGAGGGCCUUGAGAGUCAUAGAGUGAUACAGCAUGGAAACAGGCCCUUCGGCCCAACUCGCCCACAUGGCCCAACGUGUCCCAGCUACACUAGUCCCACCUGCCCACGUUUGGUUCCCUUCCCAUCCAUGUACCUGUCUAACUAUUUCUUUAACGUUGGGAUUGUCCCUGCCUCCUCUGGCAGCUUGUUCCAUACACCCACCAACCUCUGUGUGAAGAAGUCACCCCUCAGAUUCCUAUUAAAUCUUUUCCCCUUCAACUUAAACCCGUGUCCUCUGGUCCUCGAUUCCCCUACUCUGGGCAAGAGACUCUACCCGAUCUAUUCCUCUCGUGAGAGGGGAGAGAGAGGAAAGACAUGAGUGGCUCCUGGCAGUGUUUUUGUCAUGGCCAACGUUAUUUUGUAGCAAUGCCUUUAUCUACCUCAUGUUAAAGGUUGGUAUCAGUGGAGCUUUGCUGAGCUGCCAGAGUUGCAACGAUGCACCACCGCAGUUACUCCUGCACCACGAUUUCAUGCAUCGGUGCAGUGGUCACUGUUUUAGUCUCGUUUAGAGAUACAAUGUACCUUCGAUUUUCCAGCAUCUGCAGUUCCUUCUUAAACCCUUUUCACUGUACCUUCAUUGAUACAUAUGACCAUUAAAUUGAAUCGUGAAUCUUGAAUCUGAAUAAAACAAUUUCACUCUGUUCGUGCCAUUCUGUGCCAUUCUCUUGUGAUA